AUGGACCACCCUCACCUAUAUACACCAGAGCCCUUUAAGGUUGCUUAUGGAAGAGUUGGCCGGUACUGAAGAUUUCAGCAACCCAGAAAGAGAAAUGGCUCAUUCAAAAGGAAAGGGAUUGAAAGAUGGCAUAGAGCUGUGUCUACCAACUUAGUAAAACAAAAUGUAUUGGUCCCCAAAGAGGAAUCAUCCAAUGAGAGUGACAUGGAAUUUCAUGAAAGCCAGCAAAACCAGAAAAGAGAUUUGGUCAAGAAAGUGAAGACUUUUUGGGGGAGGAUGCUGUCACACAAGUACAGAAGCAAGCCAGCAAGUGUCAGCAGAGAGGGCUCCACUAACCCUAAGGAAACCCUCCUUUCCAAUACGCAGAGCCUUCUUCCUAGAAUUGUCAAGGAGCUUCCAUCACCCAAGUUAUUUACCAAACCAAGAAUGAGAAAUCUCUCACAGAAUGCAACUAUACAACUUGAUGAUGUAGAAGCAGAGACAGAGGAGAUAACCCAAGGAAAUACACUCCUCCGAGCCAGGAGAACCACCAAGCGGUUAUCUGUGACAUCCCUUCCCUCAGGACUGCAGAAGGUUCCGUAUUCCUCAAAAAAGAGACCACACUUUCCAGCAUUUAAAAAAAAGAAACAUAGCACAGAAAACAUCCUCCGAAAAUCAGAUUUGACAGUAGGAAAGCUUCAAAUGCAGGUGGAUGACCUCAUAGAAGCAGUAACAGAUAAAUCCAUGAAACUAUUGGCCCAAAGACACGCUGAGCUUCAACAGUGUGAGUUUCUAGGGGAUGAAAUCCUUCAGCCUUCCAAGCAGUUCCAGAGGAUAUCCAAGAGGAAGUAUAAAUUGAAAAAUGUGUGUUUCCCAUGUACCUGGUGCUGCUUCUGAUUUUGUUUCUGACCGCACAAAACUUAUGUUCAUAGGGGUUCUUAUCUUUUGGUACAUAAUCCUGAAUAAGUUUCUCUUAAUAAGUGGCGGCAGCUGGGGGGGUUGUUAAGGGGGGGUGGGGUGGGUGGUAAAAAUGUUCUGCCCAGCAGUCCUUAAAAAAAUAUCCUUUGGGAAAAAUUGAUUUUUAAUUCUGAGUCAAUAUAAGCAAAUUUUUGCUUCAUAAUUCUUACUAAUAAUGGAAAAUAGAAAUAUUUAUCAGGGCACAGCAAUUCUGCAAAGAAAUUUCUCCCAUGAAAUUUGCCAGAUGAAAUUAGAGGAAGCACUUAAAAGUAUUUUGACACUUUCACUGUGACUACUGUUGAGCUAACUUUAAACUUUCGUUUUUAAAGAUACGAGUUUGUAUCAAAAUUACAAAAAUGUAGCAUUAUUAAGGUAUGAUUCAUGCAAACUGCCAUGUUUCUGCACUAAAAUAAAUGGAUAAGGGUAGACCCUAACAAGUAUUAGACAUGUAAUUCAAUACUUAAGACAAUUAUAAGUGAUUCAGACCUGACUUAAUUUUUUAAAAAGAUCAUGAAAUCCUUUUUGCAAGACUCUUGAAAAUGACUCCUACAGAACAAAACGACAGAGAGAAAACAUUUCAACAAAACAUUUAACAACCACAUUGCUCAAGUAUUAAGGACAGAGAUCUAGAAAGUAAUGCAUAUUGAUUUACUUUGCAUCUUGUAAUUACCUCUGAUAUCAGUGUUCUUAAUAUCAUGGAACCUCUCCCGCAAUAAGCAUACACCACAAACAUUUUGUACAUAAUUUCACAAGUUCACAGCCCUCCUGGGAGCC